AUGAAAUUGGCACAGUUCCUACUUGUUAGCGGGGCUUUUUGGCCUCUCGCCCACGGUGCUUUACUGGGAUCUACAGUUACACUUCCAAACGGCGCCGGAACGGUUCAGGGUCUGCCCCGUAACAACAAAACGUCCAUCCUCAGUUUUCUGGGUAUACCCUUUGCCGAACCACCCGUGGGCAGCUUACGCUGGGCACCACCGCAGCCUGUCAAUGCUUUAAGCCCCAACCCAUACAACGCCACCGAGUUUGGACCAGGCUGUUACCAAUCGGAGAUUGCAGCUCCUGCAUUUGGGCCCAUUAGUGAAGAUUGUUUGACUGUGAACGUAUGGACAGGAGCCCAGGACACCGCGGAGAAGAGGCCAGUAAUGGUCUGGAUUUACGGCGGAGGAUUUCAAUUUGGUGCAUCAAACCAACCAAAUUACAACGGCGCGAAUCUUGCUCAGCAAGGAGUUGUCCUAGUGAGCUUUAACUAUAGGCUCGGGGUGCUAGGUUUCUUAGGAUUGAGUGAACUAGAUGUUCCAGGAGGAGCAAAUUCUGGGAAUUUCGGAAUACAAGACCAACUUGCAGCGCUUAGAUGGGUUAAAAAGAAUAUUGCCGCGUUUGGGGGUGAUCCUGACAAUGUGACCGUGUUCGGAGAGUCUGCAGGCGCACAUUCAGUGGGAUUACUGCUCUCGUCUCCAUUAUCCGAUAGCCUUUUCAACAAGGCCAUCAUGGAGAGUGGUGCAUAUUGGGAUAGCGAGCACGGUUCGAUCCAGAACUUCACUCAGACAAGGACCAAGGGUUCGGCUCUCAUGCAAAAGUUAGGUGUUUCUACUGUCUCGGAUCUACGCGCCCUCAGCGCGGAGACGAUCAAUAAUGCCGCACUUUGGAAUAGCAGUACAGACCCGGCAAUCACAGCAUUCGCCCCAAAUAUCGAUAAUUAUGUUGUACCCGCAGUCCCUGCCGAGGCAUUCAAUCGUGGGAGCGCGCAGAAGGUGUCGGUCCUGGCUGGAUUCAACGCAGAUGAAGAGUAUCUAUUUCUUUCAAGAGCAAUACCUCACAACACCACUGCUCAAUUCAGGCAAUCAGCCCAAGUACUUUUUGGACCUCAAACGGUCGAGUUCCUGAACUUCUAUGACGGUGCUACAGAGGCGCAGGCCACGCAAUCCGCUCUGGAUCUUGAUGGCGACCUAAUCAUCCGUGAGCAAACUUUCGAGGCUCUUGAUCGGCAAGCCUCGGUCAAUCAUCAGACAGUCUACGCUUAUUAUUUUACAUACACCUCAUCAUAUUCACCAGUAGCAGCGCAUACUGCAGAAGUAAACUUUGUAUUUGGCAACCUAGGCCCCAACCCAAUUUUCGGUCAAACUCCAGGACCCUCAGCUACGGAUUUCACGUUGUCGCGAACGAUGAUGGAAUAUUGGACAAAUUUUGCGAAAAUCGGGAAUCCUAAUAAUGUCAGCGCUGGCCUCCCCGUUUGGCCUCAAUAUACCAGCGGCAAUGGAUUCAACUUCCUCGAAAUUGGCGAUAAUAUCACAGCCAUAACCAACCCGUAUCUGGCUCGUUUCGAAUUUAUUAGCAGUCUUCGCCAUAAUGGAUCCCUCCCAAUCACUUGGCGAAAUGAAUUUGAUGAUAAUUAG